AUGGAAUCAACAUUAAAUCGGUGUUCGAUUUGUCAAAAAAGUGGAUCAAUGUGUAUUUGUGGAGGUUGUAAAAAUAUAUUUUGUUUAAAAGAUUUCAAUGAACAUCGUCAAUAUUUAUCAAAUCGUUUUGAUCAUGAUAUUAUUCGAUUUCAUGAUGAACUUCUUUCUCGAAUAAAACAAUUAAAUGAAUCUUCAAAUGAACUUUUUUCUCAAAUAAAUCGAUGGGAAUCAACAACAAUUGAUAAAAUACAUAAAGCAGCUGAAACAGCUCGACAAAAACUCAAUAAAAUGCUCAAUCAUGAAAGAGAAAUUUUCAAAGAACAGUUUGGAAAUUUAACUAGACAAAUACGUUUUCAACGAGAAGAAAAUAAUUUUGUUGAAAAUGAUAUACAAUUAUUAAAAAAUAAAUUAAAUAAAAUGCAACAAUCACUUCGACAACUUAGUGGACAAGAUAAAUCAAAUAUUAUUCUCAUAGAAAAUAAUAAAAUCAAUUGGAAUAAUCUUAUUUAUCCUCAAAAACAACAUUUAACAUUACAAAGCCCUUCUGUUAUGAUUAAUAUCAAUACAAAAUGGACACAAAAUGGUUUAACAGUCGCUGGUGGAUGUCGAAAAGGCAAUGGAUUUAAUCAAUUAAGUUGUCCAAAUGGUUUUUAUGUUGAUGAUGAUUUAACUGUUUAUAUAGCUGAUUUUAAUAAUAAUCGUAUUGUCGAAUGGAAAUUUGAUGCAACAAGUGGUCUUGUUAUUGCUGGUGAAAAUGGUCAAGGAAAUCGAACUGAUCAAUUAGAUGGUCCAAUCGAUCUUAUUGUUGAUAAAGAACGAGAUUUUUUUAUUAUUUGUGAUAAACGUAAUCGACGAGUAGUUAAAUGGCCUUAUCGUGGUGGAACAAGUGGACAAACAAUUAUUCCAAAUAUCGAUUGUGCUUGUUUAACAAUGGAUCAACAUGGAUUUAUUUAUGUUUCCGAUAUUCAUCAAUGUGUUGUUAAACGUUGGAAAGUUGGUGACACUCAAGGAACAAUUGUAGCUGGAGGAAACGGAAAAGGUGAUCGUCUUGAUCAAUUGAAUUCUCCAACUUUUCUAUUUGUCGAUCAUGAUCAGUCUAUUUAUGUUUCGGAUAGAGAUAAUCAUCGUGUGGUUAAAUGGACAAAAAAUGCACAAGAAGGAAUUAUUGUAGCUGGAGAUCAAGGUCAAGGAAAUAGUUUAUCACAAUUAUCAUAUCCUUGUGGAAUUAUUGUUGAUCCAUCGUCGAAUUUAUAUAUAGCAGAUCGUGGAAAUCAUCGAAUUAUGCGUUGGCGUAAGAAUGCUAAUCAAGGAACUGUUAUUAUUGGUGGAAAUGGUCCAGGUUCACAACCGAAUCAACUUAAUGAACCAAAAGGUAUAGCAUUUGAUCGACAUGGCAAUUUGUAUGUUGUCGAUUGCUGGAAUCAUCGAGUUCAGCGAUUUUCUAUUGAUCAAAACUCAACCUCGUAA